AGGUCCAGUGCAGCAAUGAGGGCCCAGAUUCUGUCGUCUCUGUGUCUAGUGGCGCUUUGCCAGCCUACCUUUGCUCUCACCCAGAUCUCCGUGCAGGCCUCGCGCCCCAACACCAAGAGCGUGGGAGCAUGGGGCUCGGACUCGGACAGCCAUUCCUGGAUGGCUUCCAAUGAGGCCUGCUUUGCCGCACCGCGUGCCCUGCUCCUGCACUCUGCUCCUCGUCUCUGCUCGCGCAGAUGCGCUACGAGCUUCAGGUCUCCUGCUUCCAGCAGACGCCCGUUGAACAUGCAACAGCAAACCGACGCGAAGGAGGAGAAUGCGGGAAAUCGAGCUCUGUCGUUCGAGGAGACGCUCAAGGAGAUCAAGGAGCCUUGCAAGAAGGCGUGGGAGGGGUCAGCGACAGACGUCUACGACACUUUCGAGAGGCUCAAGUCGCAGGGGGUCCUCAAGAAGUGGAACAGCAUGCCUGUGAAGUCCCGCGCUGUCUCCCAGAACGAGCUCAAGAGGAUGCUCAAGACUGAGCUCGACCUCGACACCGUCCUCGGCAUCUCCGGGGGAGUGCAGACUGAAGAUCUAAAGAAGCUCACUGUCGGAGCCUUCGCCUCCAGUGCCAUCAUCGGUGUGCUGGGGACUGCGAUUGGUGGGGAGACGGGAGGGUUUGUCUACUGGCUCACCUUCCUCGGAGCCUCCAUCCCACUGGUUCUGGUCGGCGUCGGCUCAGUCGCUCCCUCCCUCAUCGGCGGCGUCAUUUCCGGCCUUCAGUGGCAAUUUGACAAGACCAACACGAUGGAGCGGAGGAUCAGGCACGAGGCUGCCCACAUCCUCGCCGGCUACAUGUGCGGCCUUCCCAUCGAGGGAUACGAGGUCGAGCCCAUGCCGAUGUGCAAGUUCUACGACCGCAGGGAAGGAAACAUCGACGAUGUGGAGGCGUGGAAGAAGGCUCGUCCCUUCAACGAGGAGGAGGUGGACAAGUUGGCCGUGGUUUGCCUGUCUGGGGUGAUGGGAGAACUGAGCCUCUACGAGAGGGCAGCUGGGGGACAGCAGGACCUUGAGCAGCUGCAGGAAGUCUACUUCCGUGCGGAGUCGGAGAAGCUGAGGAACAACCGCGUUAGGGAGGAGACGACUCGCUGGGGAGCGAUGAAGGCGAGAACGCUGCUGGAGGAGAACAACGACAGCUUCAUGCGGCUGUGCAAGCAGCUCGAGAAAGGAGCAUCCAUCGAAGAAUGCAUCGCUUCGAUCGAGGCUGCGUGAGCCGAUCAGCUCCUCAUCCUCCUCAACCGGCAGCUCUGCAAGUUGAUACACUAGCCAUGACGAUCCCAAGGCCUUUGAGGCUUUGCCGCCCGCCAACUAUUUGAAGUUAUUUUAAUGCAGCACGCGAGCAA